GAGCAAGUGCUACUGGAAGCCCUCGAGCCAUACACGCUGACGUUCCUAGGCAACGCGUUGACUGUCGCACCCCCCAAUACCUUUCUGCUGGGUGUAGUGGAGGUAUUGGGUGUACACGAGGGUCAAGAAGCGGCUGUGCGGAUAAUGGCCCGGGUGUUUCUCAGUGCCACGACGACUCCCGGAAUCAUACCAAGCGCCUGCGAAGAAGAAAGUCCAUUGGAUGACGGUGAUGCUAUAAAUAGAACUCGUCGGUCCGAACCCAACGAAGCGAUCUCAUUGGAGGACGAUAAAUCUAUAAAUAGAAAUGGCCGAUCCCAUGGGACGUGCAAUAGCUGUGAGUGGGCCACAUUCCGGCGCUUCCUCCGAUUGUACUCCAAUUGUUAUCCCGCGCAACAGGCCCUGCCCGAUGUUAUUAAUGACGCAGACCAUGCUAUGUUUGUCCACCCGGGAGAAGACAUCAUGGCGCACCUCACGCGUCAUCUACUCCAAGAUCUGCGCAAAUACUCCGCAGCGCAGAGCUCGCAGCUGAUUGGACAUCUGCUAAAAGUUUACUUCCCCGAAAAGACUCCCUUCAGUACGCCCGGUUGCCAUGACAACGCCAAUGGCGCACUACCACACUCAUAUCCUCUGCCUACUGUAUUGCGAGAUCACUGGUGGGCCUUAUUCCGUCACGUGACAUCUUACCCGCAGGAUCCCGAACUUCUGAAGUUGGGGGCUGUCCUGUUGAGUUUUAUUCCGGUGCAUGAUGCGGACGUGAUAGGCUCAACUGUGUCCGAGUGA